AUGAACUUGGAUCUGUCUGGGGCCAAGGAUCUGGGGUCACUCACCUCGGAAUCAGGAAUCCCCACUACUAAGGCCAGGAAGACAGGGCCUCUCUCCCCUCCCUACCUUACCUUUCCAGUGGCCUGGAUGAAGACCCAGACACCCAAGUUCAAGGGCGGGCCCUGCCACCGUCCUCGUCUGGAAAUGGGGACCCUGAGCUCUGUUUCCACCCUCUCUGGCCAGCGGAUUGCUGCCGCCCUCCCCUCUUCCCAGCUCACCAGGGCUACAGUGUUUCCCAGCUUCGGUCUUGAAGGGGCUCCUGGAGACCAUCCCUUUGUAUCAAGAGCCUCCCUGGGGCCUCCUCCAACUCCCCAGAUGAAUCAAGGAACCCUUGGGCCACAGGUUGCCCCACUGGCCCCUGGAGAGCUGGCGGAGACUGCGGAUGGGGUGUGCAAGUUCCCAGGACAGCAGCUGAGCUGGUGGCAGGCCCAGGAGUCCUGCGAGCAGCAAUUUGGCCAUCUGGCACUGGGGCCCCCAAAUGGGAUCCUUGCUGCACGGCUGCGGGACCCGGUCUGGGUAGGCCAAAGAGAGGCCUCUCGGAGGAGACCCCCCCAGAGGCGGCGGUGCGUCCUGGCUCCCCAUCAGUUGUGCAGGGUGAGUCACGAGGCCGCGAGGAAGCCGGUGUGCGGCCCUGAGACCUUUCUUACCCGGCCAGUGCCCUCAGAGGAGUGCCCCACAUGGAACCCGGAAUCCCGCACCGAGGGCUCCGAGCUCUGCCUGCAGCCGCGGCCUUUCCUCUGCUGCUACCGCGCCGAGACCUAUCGGCGGCUGCAGGAAGCCCAGUCGUGGUCCGGCCAGGAUGUGAUCAGCCAAGUCAAUGCCUUGGCCAACGCCAUUGUGCUCCUCCCGGACCCCCUCUCCGAAGUCCGUGGCACCCUGUCCCUGGCUGAGGCCUCCAGCUUCCUGGGCAUCCUGGAGAGAGUCCUGGCAAAGCAAGCAGCUCCACUGGGGCCAGGUGCACUGCUGGCUGUCAUGCACUUCCUGAAGAGGGUGACGGCCCUUGGAGCUGGGGAGCCAGAGCCCUUAACAGGGCCCUGGGAGCAGCUGGGCCAGGGCGUCAUGUCUGUGGCCAGCUUGGUCCUGGAGGAGCAGCUGGCUGGUGCAUGGCUGUCCGUCAGUGAGGUGGUAGGGGGGCCCAUGGCGCUGGUGGCGAGCGUGCAGCGCCUGGCACCCCAGCUGAGCACCAUGCUGACCUCCGAGAGGCCGCGAAUGCACAUCCAGCACCGCCAUGCCGGCCUCUCUGGAGUCACUGUGAUCCACAGCUGGUUCACCUCGAGUGUCUUCCAGCACACCCUGGGGGGACCUGGCCUAGAGCCCCAGGCCCCUGAGAACUCAAAGGAGUCCAGCAGGACGCAGAGGUUCCUAAGCACCCAGGUGGGGUCAGCCAUCAUCUCCUCCGAGGUGUGGGAUGUCACCGGGGAAGUCAGUACAGCUGUGACCUUUCACCUGCAACACCAGACCCAGGUACUGGACCCCCUUCUCUUCUCUCCCCAUCCCCGAAGCCCAGAUACAGGGGGCUCCUGGGCCACCACCGGCUGCUCUGUGGUCGCCCUGUACCAGGACUCUACCGCCUGUUUCUGCAACCACAGCACAAACUUUGCCAUCCUGUUGCAGGUGUAUGACAUCCAGAGAGGCCCCGAGGAGGAGUCGCUGCUGAGGACUCUCUCGUUUGUGGGCUGUGGUGUGUCCUUCUGUGCCCUCGCCACCACCUUCUUGCUCUUCCUGGCAGCGGGGGUCCCCAAGUCAGAGCGUACCAUGGUCCACAAGAACCUCACCUUCGCCCUGGCCUCUGCCGAGGGCUUCCUCAUGGCCAGCGAGUGGGCAAAGGCCAACAAGGUGGCAUGUGUGGCUGUCACAGCUGCGAUGCACUUCCUCUUUUUGGUCGCAUUCUCUUGGAUGCUGGUGGAGGGACUACUGCUGUGGAGCAAGGUGGUGGCCGUGAGCAUGCGCCCCGGCCCGAGGAUGAGGCUCUACUACGCCACAGGCUGGGGUGCACCUGUGGUCAUCGUGGCCACCACCCUGGCCAUAUGCCCCCACGACUACGUGGCCACCGGACACUGCUGGCUCAAUGUGCACACAGACACCAUCUGGGCCUUUGUGGGACCUGUGCUCUUUGUGCUGACUGCCAACACCUGCAUCCUCGUCCGCGUGGUGAUGGUCACCGUGUCCAGCGCCUGCCGCCGGGCCCGCAUGCUCAGCCCGCAGCCCUGCCUGCAGCAGCAGAUCAGGACACAGAUAUGGGCCGCAGUGAAGCCGGUGCUGGUCCUGCUGCCUGUCCUGGGCCUGACCUGGCUGGUCGGCAUCCUGGCGCACCUCAGCCCAGCCUGGGCCUACGCCGCUGUGGGCCUCAAUUCCUUCCAGGGGCCGUAUAUCUUCCUGGUCUACGCUGCCUACAACGGGGAAGUGAGGAGCGCCCUGCAGAGGACGACUGAGAAGGCCGCCGCCGCACUGGUGGUGCCACACCCUGGCCCGAGCAGCACCGACGCCCGCUCCUUUCAGACCCGCUGCAGCCCUGCAGGCCAGGGGAACAGUCCACGGCCCCCAACUCCCUGGGAGGCGGCCCAGGACGGCCCCGUAGCCUUGGUUCCACCCCGAAGACUCGUGGCUCUCAGAGAGCAGAUUGGGGGAUUCCUGAAGACAGGGACCCAUGGCCCCAGAAUCCCCACAGCCUUCUCCUCCAUUGCAGAAACCGAGAGACCGGCUGUGGAGCUGACAGCAUUCAAGGCUUCAGGCGCCCGCAUCUGCGGGAACAAGAGAGCGGCGCCUCUGCGCUCAAGUGACAGCGCCUUUGUCUCCGAUGAAUGGGUGCGUUGCUAG